AUGGUCUGUGCCAACUCGGGCGUUGAAGUCACCAAGGCCGAUCAACUUGUCCGACUUCGACACAUUGGCCAGGAGGAUAUUCAGACCUUAGUAGAGCUUGGUCUUCGCCUUCAUCAACGCUACUACUACUACUACUACUACUACUACUACUACUACUACUACUACUACUACUACUACUACUACUACUACUACUACUACUACUACUACCACCAAUAA